UCAUGUUCAUUAGCCAAAUGAGACCAGUGAAUUAGAGACCGUUUAAAUUUGUCUUCCUUUAAAGAGGCACACAAUGAGUGCAGCAGAGUCACAACAGGAAAACUGGACCAAGAAGAACACAGCGGACACACUGGAGCUAGCAGACUUGCCUGUGCAGAAGGGCUCCGUGGAGCUCCUCAAGCAGAGAUGGGAGUCCACCAAUCCUAUAAGACCUGACCUGAUGCUCCAUUGUUCACUAACCCCAUGGUCCCUUGUGCCGGAUAAGAUCAGCUGCAACAGCGCCAUGCAGAAAGUGCCAGCAGAUAGCAUAAGAGUGGACGCAUUCAAGCAAGAGACCCUAGGUGGCUUUCAGCAGACUGAGCACAUCCCCAUCACUGUGGAGGAGCUGCGGAGCCACUUUGAGGCCCUGGGGGACAUGAAGAAAAGAGAGAGUGAGAGAAGUUCACUUUCAUUAAUAUCUAAGAGUCAGCCUGGGAGCCAUUCUGUCAUUUCUCCGACAGAGUCUAGUGUGAAAAGAGGAAGAGCAAUCUUUGAAAAGAUGUCAUCAGUAAAUGGCCACAGCAACAGCUCUGAAGUGGGUUCUUACAAACGUAUAAGAGGACUACCUAAAGAAAGCAUUUCCAGGUCUGAUAUCACAACACUGGAUUUCCAGGAGACUGUCUCCUUGAAGGAAAGAAUGGCUAUGUACAAGGCUGCUGUGUCUGAAAUGAAGAGUAGCAGUACCUUUGCUCAUACUUCAGAGAAAACCAAGUUCCAUACUGUGCCUGGUGGCCUGGCAGCAGUGAGGAAACAAUUUGAGAAAAUGCAGAUGACUUCUUCAAAAAAGACCUUUGCAAAGUACCGGUACAAGCACAAACCUGUACAGGAAACAUCAGGUAGUAGUCAGCGCACAGUAUCAAGUGGCACCAGGGAAGCUGAGUGCAAAGAAAUGAUCUCUAAAGAAAGUCAAACGGAAGCCUCUCAAAUACAAGAGGUUUCUCAUCAUGAGCAAGUUACUCGUGAGUUAGAAACGACUUCUACGUUCACUCAGCAGGCUGUUGAAACAGCAUCCAAUGCAAUUCAGAAUGAGGAAUUCCCAAAGAUUGUGACACAGAUUUUAAAACAGCAGAUUGAAAGGACAGCUCAGGAAAAGGCUGACAGAGAGACUACAACACCUUCUAAAGAAGUAAAGAAACUGCAGAUUCAGGAAAAUGAAAUGUGCAGGCUCUGUCAACAGAGAGUUUACCCAAUGGAAUGUCUAGUUGCUGACAAGCAGAAUUUUCAUAAAUCAUGUUUCCGAUGUCACCACUGUGGCAGUCAGUUAAGCUUGGGAAAUUAUGCAUCUCUCCAUGGAAAAAUAUAUUGCAAACCCCAUUUUAAGCAACUUUUCAAAUCAAAAGGAAAUUAUGAUGAACCUUUUGGACACAAGCAGCAUAAAGAAUUGUGGAAUUCUAAAGAUCGGUGUAGCUCAGUUGGCAAUAUUCAUGCUGAAGAAACAAAUCCCACUAACAGUAUACCCGCUGAUUCUAAACCAACUACAGAAACAGAUCAAGACUUGUACUCAAGUACUGAAGGUACUCGUCCUGAUAUUUUGGAUAAUAAUUUGAAAAAAUCCACUGAAAGAGGUAAGUUAAAGAUGACAUGGCCUCCUUCAACAGAAGAUGCAGCACAUAAUAAAACAUUUUCUAUUGAAGAAGCGGCUAAAAUAAAUAAGCCAAAGUGGCCCCCAGAAGGUUUUGCUCAAGAAGGUUUUAGUUUACACACAAAUAAACCUCUGGGCUGUAAAACAGAUCCUGAGAAAAAAAAUGGUGUGAGAGAACAAAACGAAAAUAAGACUGCAAAUUCACAACAAAACCAACACUCAUCCUUUAGCUCUCUGUCUGAAAAAGAAGCUACAAAUAUGCGUAACACAAAGAAAAAUGAAACAGAUAAUAACAGAAAAGAUGAGAUGGAAGCUGAGAAUGUGCAAGAUAAGCUGAAUAAAAGAGGAGGAUCACAGAAUAGGGAAGAAAAUGGAAAGGAUAUUAGUGAAGCUGAUAAUGCAAUUCUGCGUAGUGCUGGGAAGGAGCGAGAGAAAAAAGUUAACAAAACUGAUGAUUCAGAAGUUGUACAGGUUACUAACAUUGAUGAUGUAGCAGUACAAAAGAAUUACAAAGAAUGCAGCUUCAAUAAUAAUAACAAUAACAAUUAUGCCACCUUUUCAAAUCUAAACAUUUGUAGGCAAGAAACAACUCUAUCAGCUAUGUUUAAUCCAAUGACAGCAUUAAGCCAUGCAAUUUGCACAGUAUCACAGCAUGCCUUUGCAAAGCUGGGAAACUGGUCUGGAAAUGAGAUGUAUGAAUCUUAUCAGAGCUUUUCUAGCAAUACCAUAACUGUUGCAUGGGAUGAACAGAACUCAAAUGAUGAAGAUGCUGUUACCUCUAAGAGUCUUGCCAAACUUAAUAAAAAUGACACUUGUCAGAAGUCUCGUACUAAUAGCAUGUUAGUUUUAAAUGAGGCAAAUAAUACAACAUUGUCUCUUGAUACUGAGUUGGUAUGCACUGGAGAAGAAUCAAAACAUGACAAAAUUUUAAAUACUACUUUAUCUGACACUCUGAAAACAUCUUCUCUUAAAACAGAUAUCCUGAGUUUAGACUGUGAUCUAACAAACUCUGUAGGCUUAACUAAAAAUUCCUGCAGCCCAUAUUCAAAAGAACAUGGGAAUUAUCAUACAGAACCGAAUUAUAUUAAUGCCUGUCGGGAAAGCAAAACAUUCAAAGUGCUGAAGAAAGUCAUAAAAACAAGCUUAGAUUUCCAGAGUUCAAGAUACAUGACUGUUCCAGCACUCCAAGCUGAGAAAGUCAGGUUCAAACAUUUCACUAUAGAAGAACAAAUUAAAAUAAAUAGAUCCUAUGAUGAAAAUUAG